AUGGACCCUUUUGAUAUCGAAGCCUACUUCCAAAAACGUGAUGUUGAAGACACUUAUAUCGUCAACCGAUUUAUUCAGCGUCGAAAAAAAUUAGAGGAAGGUAGUGCAUCUCGUACUAGAAAAUAUUUCAAUAGAGAUCAUGUAGCGGCAAACCAAAGACUAAUUGACGACUACUUUGCCAAUGAGCCUACAUACGAUGAUGCAAUGUUUCGUCGUCGGUACCGGAUGCAAAAACAUGUUUUCCUUCGAAUCGUUGGAGACCUUUCAAGUAGUGAUAACUACUUCACCCAACAAGUUGAUGCAGCCAAUAAAAAAGGUAUAUCACCGUUAGCAAAAUGUACCACAGCAAUGCGAAUGUUAGCAUAUGGUGUGGCAGCAGAUGCGGUCGAUGAAUACAUCAAAAUAGGAAGUAGUACAACAUUGGAGUGCUUACUUAGAUUCUGCAAAGGAAUCAUACGAUUGUAUGAGCAAGUGUACUUGAGAGCACCAACCCAAGAUGACCCGCAUAGAAUACAACAUGUUAGUGAAACGCGAGGGUUCCCAUGGAUGAUCGGGAGUAUUGACUGCAUGCACUGGGAGUGGAAAAAUUAUCCUAAAGCAUGGGAAGGGAAGGUCAAUUCACCAGAGGGGAUGAGGGAACCACCACAGUUAUUCUUGAAGUAG